AUGAACAAAAACGAAACAGCUAAAAUGAAUGAUAAUCAAAUUAGAGCAGAAGGUAGAAGGUUAUUUAAACGCUUCUAUAACAUUCCUGAUGGUGUUAAUCCUAAAACUCGUAGAAGUUAUUUAAAUGAAGCAAUAGAUGCAUAUGAGGGGUUUGACAUUUCAUCAGAAAGUGAAAGAUUAGCGAGAAUGUUAAAUGUUAAUAUUGAUUUCUAUUAUUGUGAUCCUCAAUCAGAAGACGUGGACAUAAAUAAGGUAGACUUUCCAUUAGUGGAAUCAAUAAUGAUAGAUCCAGAAUUUGAAACAGUAAAUAUUUUAUUAACACAGAGUCCAUGUGGAAAACUUCACGCUGACAGAAUAACAGACGUUGAAGCACUCACUGGCUAUAAAGUUUGUCCAUUUUGUAAAGAAGAAGUUUAUUCUAUCCGUGAUGAUCCAGAAAGGAAAAACCAAAGAAGAUUUUUAAAGCAUUGUGAGAAAUGUAAAGAAAAUAAUGGGAGAUUAAUUCAAGACGUUCAAUUGCAAAAGACACAGCAACCAUAUGCACCACAUAUUACGAAACAGAAGAUAUAUCAGUGGUUAUUAGCUCACAAUUUGCAGAAAUAUUAUAAACCGACAAGAUAUUAUAUUACUUUUGACUUUGAAACAUUAGAGACUAAAGAAGAAUUACAACUUUCUGAGUGUGCAACUUUGAACGCUUACUUAAAACCAUUCAUGGUAUCAUCAACAGUUAAAUUAAAUGAUAAAACAUAUACGAGGAAUUUUUGCUUAACUUCGAGUGAUUCUUUUAUUUCUGAUUGGAUUGAGUUUUUAUUUUCAACCUGUUCAUUAGUUGCUAAAUCAAAUAUUGAACAAUAUGAAGAAUUAUUGAAGCCGCAAACGGUGGGGACUUUGUCUCAAACAUUAAAUGAAAAACAGAAGGAAGCAUUUAAAGAACUUCUAGAUGAGGAAUUCAAUAAAGUGAAUAUCAUAG